UGUUGCUCGUUAUUGCAAUACUAAUGAAUUGCAAGAUGAAUGGUCGCAAUUUAUGCGUUCUAUACUUUUUCUCAAAAAUCCCUCUGGUUCUGAUGCAGAUCUAUUUAAGGGAAUUAAUAGAAAGACAAGAAUAGAGCUUCUCGAACAAGUCACUUUUUCUAAAAUCGAAAAUAAUGUUCCAAAUUUUUCUUGUGACUUUGACAAACGGUUGGAGAUUCCGGACCACCUUAAAGAAGUUGAAGAUAAUUUGAAAAAAAGACAUAUGCAACACUACAAUAAUAUGAUUAGUAGAAGUGACUUGAGAGUCGCUCAAAAUAUACAUCAAUUCGGAAUCGAUGAAUUAAUUAGUAUCGAUAAAAAGAUCCUUAAAAUGUAA